AUGGAGUACCCUCGCCAGAAGUGGGCCAGCAAUGUGGAGUUCCUGUUGGCCAGCACGGGGAUGUCCAUCGGGCUGGGAAAUAUUUGGAGAUUUCCGUACGUUGCCUACGACAACGGCGGGGGGGCGUUCCUGCUUCCCUACCUGCUGAUCAUGACGGUGGUGGGCCGCUCCAUGUUUUACAUGGAGAUGCUCAUGGGCCAGUUCCGGAGUUCCGGCGCCACGCAGGUCUUCGACUGCGUGCCACUGGCCAGGGGCGUGGGCUGGGCCAUGGUGUACACGUGCUUCGUGAUCUGCCUCUACUACAAUCUGCUGCUGUCCUACGCGCUCAACUACUUGUGGCACUCGAUCUCCGGAAAAGAGCUUCCCUGGACCCGCUGCGAUCCAGCCUGGGCGGACAAGCGGUGCUUCGACAGCGACAGCUUGUUGGUGAGGCCAUGCUCUUAACUGAAUACGAACGCU